AUGGACCGAUUGCUUCGUGUGGACACCACACAGCACAAUCCGGAAAAAGCAGCGAAGGCAGCCGCCUCCAAAGCCGGAAGGAGGAGGAAAGCCGCCCACAGGCCGCCGCCGCGAGCCCCCCGGCGCCGCCAGAGGUGGGGAACUCACCAGACAAGAGAUACCACCAGCGGGGCCGGGCCGCCUCUUCUUCAUGCCGGCGCCACCGGGGCACCACCACCGCCCACCGCCGUCGGAUCGCGACCGCCCCUUCUUCAUGCCGCCGCCGCCGCCGCCCGCGCCACCGGGCCGCUCGCACAGCAACCAACCAUCACCAGCGGACCCGCCCAGCGCCAGCAGCAGGCCUGCUCCGCCGCCGCCUCCUCCUCCUCUCCGCUGCCGCCCCCACACGCGUACGGCGACUACGACCGCGCCGGCGCCCCCGACGAGCUCCCCCGCCGUCCCCCUCACCACGCGCCCCUGCCCCCACCACACCGCCCGGCGCCGUCCCCCUGCUCGUCCGCGCUGGCAUCCUGCCUCGUCGCGACGGCGUUCCUGCUCCUGUCAGCGGGUGGCGCCGGAACCGCGCUGUUCCUGCUCUUCCGCCCUCGGCCGCCCGACAUCGCGGUGGCCGCCGUGCGCCUGCCUUCCUUCUCGGCCUCCAACGGCACGGUCGCCUUCACGUUCGAGCAGACGGCGGCGGUGCGCAACCCGAACCGGUCCCCGCUCGCGCACUUCGACAGCUCCCUCCGCGUCGCCUACGCGGGUGGCGAGCUCGGCGCCGUCUACAUCCCCGCGGGCCUCAUCGACGGAGGAAGCACCAAGCACGUGUCCGCCGUCUUCGACGUCCCCGCCAUCCCCGUCGCCGCCCAGCCGACGGUCGGGGCCGUCGAUGCCGCGUCCGCCGCCCAGAGUCAGCCGCCGGCGGUCAUCGAGGUCCACUCGUUGCUCGUGGUCAAGGGCAGAGUCAACGUCCUCCGCGUCCUCACGCACCGCGUCCAGGCCGCCAAGCUCUGCCGCGUCGGCGUCUCGCCGCUCGACGGCACGGUGCUCGGAUUCCGAUGCUGA